AUGAGUUUAGAAGAGGAGAGAAAAAAGGCUUCUUUUAGCCCGACUGAAUUGACUCAAUAUUUAUACCCAAACUAUCUCGUUCCUCAACUAACUCUUGAGCGUAUUAUAGAGCUCAAUCUCAAAUGCAGCAAAAUCCCAGAGCUAAAUUAUUCCCUUCAAAAAUUCCACGAUACUCGCCAGCAAGAUAUAAUCCGUGCUUAUCAAUUUGGUACAGCUUUGAAGAAAUUCUCUGAGUCUGAAAAACUGACAAGAUGGGAAAGAAGAUUUAUCAUGGGUUUUUACCCUGAAUUAACAGCUCAUGUGGCUCAAUAUGAGUUUUUCAUCCCUUCAUUUGCAUUACAAGCUAAUGAAGAACAAAAGAAGCUACUUUUGCCAAAAAUGGAAAGCUUAGAAAUCACAGGCUGCUAUGCACAAACCGAGCUAGGACAUGGCUCAAACGUCCGUGGAAUUGAGACCCAAGCAAUUUAUGACGAAAAUACGCAGCAGUUUAUUAUGCAUAGCCCCACAAUUACCUCUUAUAAGUGGUGAAUUGGAGGAUUAGGACUGACUGCAACUCAUGCUUUGGUGGCUGCAAGACUUAUUGCGAAAGGAAACGAUUAUGGUCCACAUAUAUUUUUAGUUCAAAUACGUGAUACAAAAACUAGAAAACCAUUAGACGGUGUUGAUGUAGGAGAUAUUGGCCCGAAAUUUGGACUCAAUGGCAAUGAUAAUGGGUUCUUGAAGUUUGAUUAUUAUAGAGUUCCUUUUGAUGCAAUGCUAAAUAGAUUUGCAAGACUCACCCCUGAAGGAGACUAUGAGCUCUUAGAUCCAAAUGGUAUCAAAAUCUUAUACGCGACUUUGGUAAGCUUAAGAGCAGGAAUAGUUACCGACUCCUGGUAUCGCUAUGCUUGUGCAUUGACGAUUUCUAUUAGAUAUUCACUUGUAAGAGAACAGUUCCCCGACCAUGAGAAUCCUAAUAGAGAAAGAAUGAUUUUGGACUACCAAAUACAAAGACAUAAGCUGUUCAAAAAUCUAGCAAGGCUGUAUGGGCAUGUCUUUGCAAAAAAGCCUGUGUCAGAUCAUUAUGAUGAGUGUGAAAGAAGAUUAUUUAAAGGUGAUGAUUCCUUAUUAGCAGAAAGCCACGCUCUAGUUUCGCUAUAUAAAGUUUAUGUGUCGCAUUUCACUGUGCAAGGUUUGGAAGAAUGCAGAAGAAGUUGUGGAGGGCACGGGUAUAUGAUGCUUUCUGGCCUGCCAAGUUUAUAUAUGAAUCAUUUGCCAACUGUGACUUAUGAUGGCGAUAACAAUAUUCUUGCUUUGCAAGCAGCAAGGUAUUUAAUAACACUGAUGAAAAAACAAAACCCUCAAGGUGUAUUUGGCUUUUUAAAUACUCCAAUGCCAGAUCUCAGUGUCUGCCCUGAUAUAAAAGACUCGACAUAUCAUCAGAUAUGUUUUGAAGCUAUUGCAAAGCUGAAAAUCCAAUCGGUCUUUAAAAAAGAACAAGACUUGAUUGCGAAAGGCUUUAAAAAACCAAGAAUAUGAAAUGAAUUUUUACAAGUGGAAGGGAUUGAAGCUACAGAAGCAGUUUAUCAUGCAUCUUUGCAUUUCUAUUAUAUUGAAGGAAUCUCUAAAAUAAGCAAUCUUUUAAUCCGUAAUGCUAUAGAGAUCCUCAGGCUUAUUUAUGCUUCCACUGAACUUGCAAAGUAUCAUGCUGAGCUAAUUCGCUUACUCUCCCUAAGCGAGUUAGCAUGCUUUUGUAUAUAAAAACUUCUAUACAAAAAUGCUAAAAUAUAUAAUGAAAUCUCUAGCUAAUUCUAUUAAAUUUUAAACAGUUCUUAUGCUGAAGCAUAAUUUUUUUGAAUUAAAUUAUUCAAUUAUUUGUACAUUGGAAUUUUAUAUUUUUUUCGGAUUGAAAAAUUAUAAAAAAAAUUUUAAUCCUCAAUAUGACCAAGCAAAAAAUUUUUCCAAUCACAAAGGCAGAGUUAGGAAUGCCUAAUAGUAUAUUUGAACAAUUAAAAGAAGUUCAAUUGGAUUCUCUUGAUAGAACUCGUCCAAAUGCACUAGCAUUAAUUGAAGCUUUCGAAAUUUCUGAAACGACCUUAAACUCAGUCAUUGGAAGAAAGGAUGGAAAAAUCUAUCAAAACAUGGUCUGGACCAGCAAAUAUAUGAACCCAGUCAACAAAGGAAAAGUCUUCCCAGGAAUUCAUAGAUAUUUAAGGCCAAAACUUUAA